AUGGGGUUCGAGAGGCAGAGCAGAGCGUCGGGGUCCUCCAACGCCCUGAGACCGACGGAGAAAACCCCUCUCAUCGGACACGAACAAAAGCACCUGUCUUCCCAAUCGAAGACCAUCGCCAAUCUCUUCAUCGCAAUCGUCGGCGCCGGCGUGCUGGGUCUCCCUUACUCCUUCAAGCGCACCGGAUGGAUCAUGAGCCUCCUCAUGCUCUUCUCCGCCGCCGCCCUCACCUAUUACUGUAUGCUCCUCCUCGUCCACACCCGCCGCAAGCUCCGCUCCUUCGCCGGCGACUUCUCAAUCAUCAACUCCUUCGGCGACCUGGGGUUCGCCGUCUGCGGUCCCGUCGGCAGGUUGGUUGUUGACAUCAUGAUUGUCUUGUCUCAAGCUGGAUUCUGCGUGGGUUACGUGAUCUUCAUCGGCAACACGCUAGAUAACCUGUGCGAUUCCUACUCCUCCGCCGCCGCUGCCACGCCCUCUUCCAACGCCGUCUUAUCCGCCCAAUUCCUAGGGUUUUCGGCAAAAUCCUUGUUCGUAUGGGCCUGCUUCCCUUUCCAAUUGGGGCUCAAUUCCAUCGCAACCCUCACCCAUCUAGCCCCUUUAAGCAUAUUCGCCGACAUCGUAGACCUAGCUGCCAUGGGAGUCGUGAUCGUGAAAGAUGUAAUGAUUAUGGCGAAGAACAUCCCCGAGGUUAAAGCUUUCGGCGGUCUAUCCGUCUUCUUUUACGGGAUGGGUGUGGCUGUCUACGCAUUCGAAGGGAUCGGCAUGGUUUUGCCCCUCGAGUCGGAAGCCAAGGACAAAGACAAGUUUGGAAGAAACCUGGGGUUCGCCAUGGGAGUCAUCUCAGUCAUCUAUGGAGCAUUUGGUGCUCUAGGGUACCUUGCUUUUGGCAACGACACUAAGGACAUCAUCACUGCAAACCUCGGGGUGGGGCUGAUCAGCACCAUGGUCCAGCUCGGCCUGUGCAUAAACCUGUUCUUCACAUUCCCGCUGAUGAUGAACCCAGUAUACGAGAUUGUGGAGCGAAGGUUUUGGCAAGGGAGGUAUUGCCUGUGGUUGAGGUGGCUGCUGGUGUUCAUUGUCAGCUUGGUUGCACUGUUGAUCCCGAAUUUCACCGAUUUCCUGUCGCUCGUGGGGAGCAGUGUGUGCUGUCUAUUGGGGUUCGCCCUUCCGGCGCUGUUUCACUUGCUUGUGUUCAAGGAAGAGAUGGGGUGGAAAGGCUGGACGAUCGAUGUUGGGAUUGUCACCGUUGGUGUUGUUCUUUGUGUUACAGGGACCUGGUACUCUCUCAUUGAGAUUUUCUCUGUUAAGGUUUAA